AUGCCGUCUCCAUUCUUCACCCGGGGCGUACAGGCCGACGCAGACAGCCUCGCCCUCUUGCAACUCCGUCGCGACCAGAUCGUUCCGACGAUCCUCCGCGACCAUGACGAUGAAAACCAAGGCUAUUGGGAAGGAAAGGUCACCAACACCCGAUUCGGCUCAUUCCCACACAGCACCCUGAUCGGACAACCCUGGGGCGCACAGGUUGUCGCUUCAAAAGUCGACACAGGCUCGCGCGGUCGCAACAAACAACCCGCCAAGCGCAAGGCCGAAGAGCUCGAUGCGGACGCAACAUCAACUGGCGCAGAGGAGGAGAAGAAGCCAUCAUUAAGGGCACCCGUCACUGCGGAUAGUGGCUUCCUGCACAUACUUGCCCCGACACCCGAAGCGUGGACCAUAUCUCUUCCCCAUCGUACCCAGGUCGUCUACACCCCAGACUACAGCUACAUUCUCCACCGACUCCGCGUACGACCGGGCUGCACAGUUAUUGAAGCCGGCGCCGGCAGUGGCUCGUUCACGCACGCCUCCGCUCGCGCCGUUUUCAACGGAUAUCCGGGAACUGGCGAAACGACCAAACGCCAACGACUAGGAAAGGUAUGCAGUUUCGAAUUCCACGAACAACGCGCGGCCAAAGUGCAGCAGGAACUCAGAGACCACGGUCUUGAUGGGAUAGUGGAGGCUACGCAUCGUGAUGUCUAUGAAGACGGAUUUCUACUAGGCGAUCCCAAAACCGGCAAAUCGCCCAAGGCCAACGCCAUCUUCCUGGAUCUCCCUGCUCCCUGGCUCGCGCUGAAGCACCUCGUGCGCAAUCCGCCUCCCGGACAGGAAUCUGCUCUCGAUCCUGACUCUCCCGCUUAUAUCUGCACAUUCUCGCCCUGUCUCGAGCAGGCGGAGCGUACAAUCCGCACUAUGCGCAAACUGUCAUGGCUCAAUAUCUCAAUGGUGGAAGUCGCCCAGCGUCGGCUGGAUGUCAAGCGGGAUCGUAUCGGGCUGGAUACCGAGGGCGUGCGCGGAGCUACACUGUAUCCUAAGACCGUUGAGGAGGCAGUUGCAAAGCUUCGCAGUGAUGAACAACGUGCGAAGCUCAUCCGCGACAACCGAGCGACCAAAGAUCAACCAGAUUACCAACCAAUUCCGAAGCAGACUCCGUUCUAUAAAGAGAAGACGGAAGUUCCCGUAUAUGCGCAGGGUCGCUUGACGCAUCGGUCAGAGCCAGACCUCCGAACUCACACCUCAUAUCUGGUUUUUGCGAUUCUGCCUCGGGCUUGGACUGAGGAACAAGAGCAAAAAUGUCGGGAUCAAUGGCCAUCUGCUAAGGUUGCUAAGCCCGAUGAGCCGAAGACUAGCAAGAAGCAAAUGAAGAGACAGGCUGCGAUGGAACGAGCGAAGGCUCGCGAAGAGCAGAAGAAAUCUGAAGAAAAUCCACAACCAGAAUCAGGGGAUAAUGCCGAGCAAGAAAAGAUCGAAGAAGAAAAGGCCACAGAAGAGACUACCGAGGCAUGA